CUUCCUCUCUGCAGGGAUUUGGUUUGUGUAGUACGUUCUCGAAUCUUCCGGUGUUUUGGGCAAUUUUUCGUCUCUGCAAAAGGAAUUCCGCAGUCAUUUUGCAGUGAUUCAACAGGCGACUGUGUGUCAACUAAGUUCCAGACAUCGAUCAAGAUAUCUUCAAAAUGGCAACAACAGACAGCGUACAAGGUGUGGAUGGCGUCAGGAGAGGAGCAGCAGGGGGUUCUGCCAACAGUGUUCUCACCUGGCAAGGAGAAAGACGUGAGGAGUUCGGGGAAGAGUCCAGCGGGCGAGACAAUGGUGUGAGGGUGUACAGGUGUGCGGAGUGCAGCAGGCAGUUCAAGCUGCUGGGUCAUUUAAAGGUACACAUGCGGACUCACACAGGUGAGAAACCCUACAGAUGUGAGGAGUGCAGCAGGCAGUUCAGCCAGCUGAAUGAGAAACCCUACACAUGUGAGCAGUGUAGCAGUCAGUUUCGUCAGCUGGGAGAGAGACGUGAGGAGUUCGGGGAAGAGUCCAGCGGGCGAGGCAAAUGUGUGAGGGUGUACAGGUGUGAGGAGUGCAGCAGGCAGUUCAGAUGGCUGGAUAGCCUGAAGAAACACAAGCGGACUCAUAAUGGAGAGAAACCUUACAGGUGUGAGGAGUGCAACAGGCAGUUUAGAGAGAGGCGUGAGGAGUUCGGGGAAGAGUCCAGCGGGCGAGACAAAGGUGUGAGGGUGCACAGGUGUGAGGAGUGCAGCAGACACUUUAGUCGGCCGAGUCAUCUGAAGGUACACAUGCGGACUCACACAGGCCGCAUGUUAUAG